GUGUGUGUGUGUGUGUGUGUGUGUGUGUGUGUGUGUGUGUGUGUGUGUGUGUGGUCAGUCAGUCGCCGGCCCGCACUCUCGCUGACACACUCACACACAUAUCGUCUCGCCGUCCCUCUUGGUUAUAAGUUCAGCGACUGACUCAGCGUCUGCACCAUGAGCGAAAAGAAGCUGUUGAGCGGGCACACGGUGGAGCCCAUGACGGAGAAGGAGCAGAAAAAAAUGACAGAGUCGGGCCAUGCGCUCCCCUCCCCAAUGGUCCGUCUGCAGCCCGACGGGUGGGUGCUGCCCGACAUCAUGGCCAACAAAUACCUUGAUAAGGUUUAUAACUUUAAGUUCCGCCCCGACGACCUGAUAGUGAUGUCCAUCCCAAAGUGCGGCACCACGUGGAUGCAGGAGAUCCUGUGGACGAUGGCGAACAACCCGGACCUGACCCACCCCCGGACCAACACCCCCAUCCUGAACCGCUCCCCCGACAUCUCUAUCAUUAAACGUCGAUUUCCUUCCCUCCACAAGUUUGACUUCGUGUUCGACUCCUUCCAGGCUCAGGUCCAUAAGUUCGAGUCGUUCAGAAAGUGGUUCUCGGAGGUGUGUCCGGGGCGCAAGGAGGAGGACGGCAUAAUGCUGCAGAUCGCCGAGCUUAUGCCCGAACGGAGAAUUAUCAAGUGCCACCUCCCGCUCAACCUCCUGCCGCUUGACGUACUUGACACAGCCAAGGUGGUGUACACUACCCGCAACCCCAAGGACGUAAUCGUUUCCUACUACAAAAUAAUGAACAACGUCGACGGAGUAGAGAGCCCCACCUCCCUGGACGCCUUCGCCAGAGUCUACAUGGACGAUGGCUAUAAGGAACGUACAACAAACUACUGGAAGGAAUAUUUCACGCCCGAGCCCAAGGCGGACAUGGACAAACUCAGCGUCCGCACCAUGAGCGAGAAGAAGAAGCUGCUGAGCGGGCACACGGUGGAGCCCCUGACAGAGAAGGAGCAGAACGAGAUCACAGCGACGGGGGUUCUGUUCCCCGCCCCGAUGGUCCGUCUGCAGCCCGACGGGUGGCUGCUGCCCGACAUCAUGCCCCAGAAGUACCUCAACAGGGUAUAUAACUUUAAAUUCCGCCCAGACGACCUGAUAGUGAUGUCCAGCCCCAAGUCCGGCACCACGUGGAUUCAGGAGAUCCUGUGGACGAUGACGAACAACCCUGAUCUAACCCACCCCGAAACCAACACCCCCAUCCUAGACCGCUCCCCCGAUAUCUCAUUCGACUUCUUGUUCGACACCAUCGUGGCUGAGUUUCUCAAGUUCGAGUCGUUCAGAAAGUGGUUCUCGGAGGUGUGUCCGGGGCGCAAGGAGGAGGACGGCAUAAUGCUGCAGAUCGCCGAGCUAAUGCCCGGGAGGAGAAUUAUAAAGUGCCACCUCCCGCUGUGCCUCUUGCCGCCUGACCUACUCGACACAGCCAAGGUGGUGUACGCGGCUCGCAACCCCAAGGACGCGAUCGUGUCCUACUACAACAUGCUGAACAAACUGAGCGUCGCAGAGAGCUCCUCCGACUUCGACAACUUCGCCAGAGCCUUCAUGGACGAUAACUUCCUGUUCAGCCCGUACUGGCGGCACGUGCAGCUGGCGUGGGAGCAGCGGAGUCACCCCAACAUGUGUUUCGUCUUCUACGAGGACCUCAAGGCAGACACCAAGAAGCACAUCAAGCGGCUACAUGACUUCAUCGGAGCGGAUCUCACGCAGAGUCAGCUCGAUGGCGUGGAGCAUCACACGUCCUUUAAGUCGAUGAAGGAACGAGGCGAACCAAUGAGAGACGGAUUAUUCACGAACUUUUUCCGGAAAGGUACAACAGGCGACUGGAAGGGAUAUUUCACGCCCGAACUCAGGGCGGACAUGGACAAGUGGAUAGAGGAAAACGCCAGCAAGAUCGGAAUUACUCACAAUUGGGAUUGACAACCUUGAUACCUGCCCCGCGCCCACCUGUGACACCUGAGCCUACGGUCCCCCGGGGUAAGGCAGGAUGACCGGAUGGAAAGAUGGAAGAGUUGAAAGGGAUGAAGAAGGAAGAAAGAGGCCCGUUAACGAUUUAAGGAUGGAAGAAAGGAGGGGAAGAAGAAUUAGAUAAGAAAAGAAGGCAGGGUGAAAAAUAUGGUGCAAUUUAAAAAGGAAGGAAGAUAUGAAGUACAAAUCAGAAGUAGAAUAAUGAAGGAAUGGAAAAGAAUGGAAGAAGAAGAACUGAAGGAAAGAUGGAUUGAAUGAACUAAGGCAAGAAAAACAGUAAGAACGAGAAAAGAGCAGCUGAGAGGAAGGAAGAAAGAAAGGAAGUACAAAUCAGAAAGAAGCAGAAUGAUGAAUGAAGGAGGGCUGCACUGAAUGAACUAAAGCAAGGAAAAAAAAAGGGAAGAACAGUGAAAGGGCAGAUGGCAGGAAACGCUUCGUAACUUAAUUCAAACCUUAUUCGUAUGUAGUUCUAAUUUAUAUACAUUUUUUUUUCCACGUUGCUUUGAUUAAUGUACAUCUUUUUAUUUUCUCUCCCCUCUUUUACUUCGUCCUCACUCAAAGCUAACGACGAGAUUUCUUUCUUUUUUCAUGUUUUAUUCUUCGUCCCCGUGUUGACAGUCUCGAGAUUCUGUGUUUACGUUCGUUUCGUCUGUGGACUCCCUGGGAACCAUUUCAUAACUCUUGAUGUGAUGAAAAAAAAUAAAGGAAAGGAACGUG